AUGCAAGCAUUCUCUUCUAGGUUUCAUAGAAUGGCCUCCCCCUCAUCAGUUUGCAAUUCUUGUUGGAUGAUUUUAAGUAUUGCUUUGGCUCUAGGAAUACUGGUUCAUCAAGCUGAUGCGAGGGCUUUCUUCGUCUUUGGUGAUUCACUAGUUGAUAGUGGCAACAACAACUACCUGGCAACAACUGCAAGGGCCGAUGCACCCCCUUAUGGAAUCGAUUAUCCAACACGUCGACCGACAGGCCGAUUCUCUAAUGGCCUCAACAUUCCUGACCUUAUCAGUGAGCAAAUUGGCUCAGAAUCCCCAUUGCCGUACCUGAGUCCAGAGCUAAAAGGGCAGAGGCUACUUGUUGGUGCCAACUUUGCUUCUGCUGGAAUUGGAAUCCUCAAUGACACUGGAAUCCAGUUUAUAAAUAUAAUAAGAAUGUCUAGACAACUGCAGUACUUCAAAGAAUACCAGCAACGAGUCAGUGCACUUAUUGGAGCCCAGCAGGCCAAGCGACUUGUCAAUCGAGCACUUGUCCUGAUCACAGUUGGUGGCAACGAUUUUGUCAACAACUACUACUUGGUUCCUAAUUCUGCAAGGUCUCGCCAGUAUGAUUUACCGGAUUAUGUUAAAUAUCUUAUUUCCGAGUACCGGAAACUAUUAAUGAGGCUGUAUCACCUUGGGGGGCGCCGAGUUCUUGUGACUGGCACAGGACCACUAGGUUGUGUUCCUGCAGAAUUGGCGAUGAGGAGCACAAAUGGCGGUUGCUCAGCCGAACUACAGCGUGCCGCUGCCUUGUAUAAUCCACAACUUGAGAGCAUGAUACUUGAUGUUAACAGAAAAAUAGGCAGAGAUGUGUUCAUUGCUGCAGAUACUCACCAAAUGCACAAUGAUUUUUUCAGUAGUCCUCAAUCAUUUGGAUUUACUACAUCAAAAAUAGCAUGUUGCGGACAAGGACCAUACAAUGGCCUUGGAUUAUGCACAGCGUUGUCAAACUUGUGCCCUGACCGGAACCUGUAUGCAUUUUGGGAUGCAUUCCAUCCAUCAGAAAAGGCAAACAGAAUCAUCACACAACAGAUCUUGACCGGCUCCACUGAUUACAUGAAACCUAUGAAUCUCAGCACCAUACUGGCAUUGGAUUCCAGGACCUAG